GCUUUAAUGUGCGAAGACUGGACUGGACGUGUGACUGGAAAGCAUCAAAGGAUGAUUAAUGUGAGUAGAAUGCAUCAAGAAUUGGGAAAUUCUGUUUGCAAUGUUCUUUCUGGACUGCAUGCUUUGACUGGAUAUGAUUUUAACCCAGCUUUUUACAAGAAUGUUAAAAAAAACCUCUGCAGAUAAUGAAGCAAAGCGAAGAUUUUCAAAAAACAUUCGCUGACCUUGGACUUGUAGAUGCAAGCAACCAGAAUAACAUGUUCAAUAAGGUUCAAGAAUUUGUUUGCCAUUUAUGCAGCUUAAAAAAAAUUAAAUCAAUUGACGAGGCAAGAUUCGUUUUAUUUUCACAGACGUAUAAAUGUUUAAGCACCACAAAUGAUCCUUUUAAAAUUAAAAUGAAGAAUGUAGAUGGGUCGAGUAUGCCACCAUGCCAAUCGGAAUUGAUGCAGCAGUUCUUAAGAGCGAGCUUCAUUUCAAAUAUUUGGCGUAAUGCUCACCGUCAAAUUCCAACGGAGCUAUCUCCUACAGACUACGGAUGGAAAUUGGUGGAUGAGAAAUAUGACUUUGAUUGGUUCAAAGGCGACCAAUUACCAGAACUUGUACAAGAUGUCAUUAUUCAACCUCUACAAGAAAAUACAGAUUCUGCAACACCCGAGCUCGACUUGUCAGAUCACGAUAGUGAAAAUGAUGAUAUGGAUUCAGUUGAAGAUUCAGAUGAUGAAUCAUGUGAUGAUUCUUCAUAGCUUGUUAUCGUUAAUGAAUUGAAUAAAUAUUAGAAAUGUUUGAAAAUCAAUGAGUUCUUACUUCUGCGUAUACCCAUGUUCGUUAAGUGUCCUGUUGAUUUCGAACGAAUUUUAUUUCUGAGAUUUUAAAGAACAGUUGCUCAUUAAAAUAAAUGUGUUAUACUUUAAAUGAUUAUGAGGUGAUAUCUGUAGGGAGCGAAAAAAUUUAAUUUCUUAUCCACUGACUGUUCCACGGAAUGGCUGACUGACCAUUUUAUUUAUCAAUAAUAUAGUCAGUAGUAGUUAAAAAAAAAAAUUCA